AUGACACGUGUCUCACUCACCCCGAUUCGCGGAAUUGAGGGCUCCGACUACAUUAAUGCCAAUUAUAUUGACAGCUACCGCAAACGGCAAGCCUACAUCGCCACCCAAGGGCCAAUGGCAGAGACGCUGGAGGACUUUUGGAGAAUGAUCUGGGAGCAUAACUCCGCCAUAAUCGUAAUGCUCAAUAAACCAAUGGAACAAGGCAAGCUUUUCUUCGACGUCCGUCAGCAGCUUGUGUUCUGUCGUCGUCUUAACCAACAGUAUCCCGGGUCGCUAGCGGCAGAAAUAUCGGGUCGUCGGUAG